UCCCAUCAUUGAUACUGGGAGGACGAGCGCAGCAGCCUCCUCCUCCUCCAAGCAGCCUCCAGCUGGACGUGGGGAUUGGUUUUUUCCAAGGGCAACGCAGCCUCUUAUUUGUGCUGAUGCAGGAAUAGCACACCCCGCCCCUAGCAGGUGUCGCUGAAUGGCCGGGGAAGGUGACCGGGAGAAGGCCUUUCCGCCACGCAUGAGGCGCCCCGGCGGAACCGCGUCGCCUCACGGAGGCAGGGCCCAGGGCGAGACCUGAGGCCUAGCGGCCGCGGGCGACCCGGCCUGCGCAGUUGCCUAGGCGACGGGGCUUCCGGGCGGGGGCUCUUUUCCCCUCAUGAACAGCGCGGCGGCAGCGGCGGAGGACCCCGGCGGAGGAUGCGCGCGCAGCGUCUGCACUCAGACCGACAGCCUGACCGGCCAAGUACCAAGGCUUUCGAAAGUGAAUCUUUUUACUUUAUUCAGUCUUUGGAUGGAACUUUUCCCCUCAGUUGAAAAACAGAAGAACUCGGAGGUGAAGAAGGCGGGCCUGGUUGUUGUGAAGAACAUGAAAAUAGUCGGUCUUCAUUGCUCCAGCCAAGACUUGCACGCUGGUCAAAUUGCACUCAUUAAAUACGGAUCAAGGCUUAAAAACUGUGACUUGUAUUUUUCAAGGAAACCGUGUUCAAUGUGUUUGAAAAUGAUUGUAAAUGCUGGCGUGAACAGAAUUUCCUACUGGCCUGCGGAUCCUGAAAUAAGUCUGCAGUAUGAAGUGUCUAAUGAAGAUGCGAAGCUGGAUGCCAAAGCAGUGGAAAGACUGAAGUCAAACAGCCGUGCUCACGUGUGUGUCUUGCUUCAGCCCUUGGUCUGUCACAUGAUGCAGUUCGUGGAGGAAUCGUGCUACAAGUGUGACUUCAUCCAGAAAAUUGCUAAAACGCAGCCUGGGUCGAGCACCGGAUUUUACGCAGAAUGCAGGCAAGAGAUCAUAAAGACGUACGAAAACCUGUUCUUGAUUCCAAAGGAAGAAAUGCACAAGCAAAUAUUGAUCAUGAUUGGACUAGAGAACCUUUGCGAAAAUCCUUAUUUCAGCAAUCUGCGGCAAAACAUGAAAGAUCUGAUCCUCCUGUUGGCUACCAUAGCUGCCAGUGUGCCUGCUUUUGGCCAUUUUGGAUUUUAUAGUAGUAAAUCAGAGUGUGCUCGCGAAGCGUACUACCAGUGGUUACCCCAAGAAGUAGCGAGGCACUGCAUGAUACAAGCCAGGCUGCUGGCCUACCGCACUGAGGAUCACAAAACUGGAGUUGGAGCAGUCAUCUGGGCAGAAGCAAAUGCAGAAAGCUGCGACGGAACAGGCGCCUUGUACUUCAUAGGGUGCGGUUACAAUGCCUUCCCCGUUGGGUCCGAAUACGCUGACUUCCCACACAUGGAUGAUAAGCAAAAAGACCGAGAGAUCAGAAAGUUCCGAUACAUCAUACACGCUGAGCAGAAUGCUUUGACGUUCAGGUGUCAAGAAAUAAAGCCAGAUGAGAGGAGCAUGAUAUUUGUGACAAAAUGCCCAUGUGACGAAUGUGUACCUUUAAUUAAAGGUGCUGGUAUCAAGCUGCUCUAUGCAGGAGAUGUUGAUGUAGGGAGGAAGAAAGCGGAUAUCUCUUACAUGAAGUUUGAUGAGUUGGAAGGCGUUAGAAAAUUUACAUGGCAAUUAAAUCCAUCCUACGCAUGUGAUCCAGAACGUGAAGAAUUCACACAUGAGGAAAGCUUUCCUGUAGCACUGCACUUUUAACUGAAUUUAUACAGAUGGUGAGCCUGCAGCCUCAUUGGCAGAAGAACCGGACCACCAAGCCAAGGUGAUGUGUCUUGUCUUGGAGACCACUGAGCUAUUCAUCGCUAUCUACCCUGCCCGUCAUGCUUGUAUAAUUUGAAAAUGGUUUUUUUUUAAUGGAAGCUUAAUUUAUUAUUGACCCAAAAUAAAUUAUUUUGACUCUGUUGCAAAAA